GUUCCCCCAACUACGACCUCCACAGAAUGCUCCAGAACCCUAUCAAGGCCCAGUUUGGAGUGAUGGUAUACGGGCAGCAAGAUGGAGACAGACGGAAUCAGAGAGCAUGCUAACAUCGCCGUGACUAGACAGACAGAAGGACACCUCAUCUCAUUCGCCUCAGGAAAAAACUAUUGUGCUCUUGCUAUUUUGCCAUCUAAUCCUUGACUUGUGAUUUUAUCAGUGUAUCAUUUCUUCAACAUACCUGAAUAACUUGAGUAACUUGAGUUGAAGUGCAUGAAAGGUUGUUAGUUGAUUGGGCUACUUCAAACUCUUGAGAGCGAAAUUGAGGGCAUAGAGAAUUUGACGCAGUGGCCUCUCAGGACUAGGCCCCACCCCAGCCCCACGCUAGUCUGAUGCAUGUUAUGAGCAGCCCGUCGCUGACCAAUGAGACAGAGAACUGCAGCAGCGAGUGCAGCAGCAGCGCCGCCAGCACCACCUCCGACCUCUCCCCAAUGUUGGGCCACAUCCCCUCCGCUUCUACUCUCCCCUCUCCCUUCCCCAAUGAACACCCCCUGCACCCUACCACACUACCCCACCACUACACCCCACCGCUACCACCACCCCUGCCCCCGAACACACCUCCUCCUCCUCCCCCACCACCAACCUCCCUCUCCAGCCACGGUGUGUGGAAGAAGCGGCAGGUGCGGAGCUUUUUCUGGAAGCCCAUCCCAGAGGAGAAGGUGCGGGGGCAGCCCAAUAUCUGGACCAUGGCGGUGCGCUGCCAGCAGCAGUACCAGAUCGAUGUGCGCUCCGUGGAGGAGCUGUUCGGCCAGCCAGAGGAAGUGCAGGGCCGGGGGUGUGUGCCCGCCACCAGUGGAUCCUCCUCAGCCCGCAUCACCCGGUCCAGGUCCUUCAAGGAGAACAAGGACAAGAUCAGCAUUCUGGACUCCAAGCGGGGCAUGAACGUGGGCAUUUUCCUCAGGCAGUUCAAGAAGUCCAAUCACUCCAUCGUCGAGGACAUUCGCCAGGGAGAUGGCAAGCUGUACGGAGCUGAACUCCUCAAAGACCUGCUCAAACUCCUGCCCGAGUCUGAAGAGGUAAAGAAACUGAGGGCGUUCAAAGGGGACUCCAGCAAACUGACCCUGGCAGACUCCUUCAUGUACCUGUUGAUCCAGGUGCCUCGGUUUGAGUUGCGCAUCGAGGCCAUGGUCCUGCGUGAGGAGUUCUUUCAGUCCUGCGCUGUGAUGAGCCAUGAGAUCGAUGUCAUCCGCGUGGCCACCAAAGAGCUGAUGACUUGUGAGGAACUACACGCCAUCCUCCACCUGGUCCUGCAGGCUGGAAACAUCAUGAAUGCUGGUGGCUACGCGGGCAAUGCCGUGGGCUUCAAACUGUCAUCGCUCCUCUCGCUGGCCGACACCAAGGCCAACAAACCUGGCAUGAACCUGCUACAUUUUGUGGCUUUGGAGGCACAGAAGAAGGACGAGAAGCUGCUGAAGUUCCCUGAGAAACUUCAGGACAUCCAGAGCGCUUCCAGAAUAUCAGUGGAAAACAUUGAGUUGGAGUUCUCGUCUCUCUACGUCAGGACCAGAUCCCUGGAAGAGAAGGUCCAGAGUGACCCAGAGCUCCUGGAGCAGCUGAACCCCUUCCUGCAGUGCUCCACAAGGACACUCCAGGACCUGAAGAGGUGUAGGCUGGACCUGCGGAAGGAGGGUAAAUCGCUUAUUGACUUCUUCUGUGAAGACAAGGACACCUUCAUGCUGGAUGAGUGCUUCCGCAUCUUCCAGGACUUCUGUCUCAAGUUCAAAAAGGCUGUCAAGGAUAACCGGGAGCGGGAACAUAAAGAGGCGGCCAGGCAGCGGCGUCUCAGAGAGCUGGAGGAGAAGCGCUUUGCCUGGAAUGCCGACCAGCAGCAGGCUGCUGGGGCAGGUAAUGGCGGCUUCGGCCGCAGCAGCAGCGAGAACGACAUGGAUAUGCUCACCAAGGAGGGCCUCCUGGACUUCCUCCAGCAGCGUCCCGCCAGCCCCCACAGCCCCCUGGGUCGUUCAGCCAGCGCCCGUCGCCACCGCCACACCGUGGCCGCCAUGGCCGACCGCGAGCUUAACGAAUACCUGGAGCUGUUCGGCAGUGACACGGCACUACCAGCUGACUAUGCCAACAAGUUCAACAGCCUGCCGCGCUCCGGCCGCACCCUCCAUCGGAGAACCGCCCCCUGUCUUGUGUCCCAGGAUGACAACCACAAGCUGGGGAAUGGGCAGCAGGUGCUGGCCACGUCACACCGGGCUGAGACGGAGCCUAUCAGCCCCUUGGCAAUGUACUCUUUCACAGGCAUUAAUGUCAACGAGGAACCGUAUAACAAUAAUAACAAUUACACGACCGUGUCCGAGGGGAGCUAUCUGCCUCGCUCAUGUCAGAACCGUAACGUCUUUCAGAAGACGCCCAACCCCGGAGCGAGCGUCACGGCACACAUGAACGUCAGCGUGGAGAGGCACACUCUAGUCCUGGGAAUUCAACAGUUUGACCUCCACAGUCCGAACAAUAACACAAAUCAAAUGCACUUCGUUGACCACAAAGACUUGGUGGUAACGGACUUGGAAAUGAAGACGGAAUCUCCAAAGACACUCAUUUUGGACACCCCUCCUCCUUGUCCAAAGAGUUUGGAAAGAGGACCAGAGCCCAUGGCGUGGGAAGGUAAAAUGCCGUCCUCUCAGUUUGUGGUUGGCUCGCUUCAGAAGGAGGAAGAGGAGGAAAGCAGCACCGUCUCCUCAACCACCUGUGAUAUGCCCCUCCCUCUUGACCCCUCCGUAUCCAAUAAGAAACCGGUGUUCUACAUCUUAGACUGCACAGAAACGGACUGCUCCGUAGCGCUUGACUACUCUGAGAUCGAAAGCUCGCCUCUAAUGAGGGAAGGAUUGGUCCCCGAUGUAAAAAACACUGACUGCAACAACAUCCAGGGGAACCUUCGAGACCCCAGCUCACUAUCCUCCAACUCCAACUUUGAUUCCCCAUCCAAAAACAAUCAGUCCGUCUCUGCCUCCACAAAUGAGCUGUCGGUGUCAAAGUCCACAGACGAACGUGCCCCAUCCGUUGGCUCACUCGUCACCACGGAAGAGGGGGACACAGAUAGCUGGGACACGGCGGAGGCUAGGCAGGUGGGCAAGAAAGUUGUACAGACAUAUAGCCAUAAACCAACACACGCCAAGACCAAGAAUGUGUCAAAAGUUUCCAAAAACAGCAAAGUGGGUUGCGGCGUCAGGAUAUUGACCACCACUGAGAACCAGGGCAUGCAGAAGGUGGUGCCCAUCACCAAGCUAAGUCGGACUGGCCGUAACGCCAGGCGGGUGGAGAGACCCGCCGGGGGCCAUGGGGGUGCCAGGCAGCCGCUCAUCGACAAGAGCACCCCAGCCAGGGAGAGGGGUGAGAAGAACGGUUGUCCCGCCCGCCACUCCAGCUUGCCCCCAGAAGCCAAAUCCCAGGGGAACGCUGGCCUCUCUGGCUGGACACAUGAACUCAACCUGCGAAAGCCCUCCUUCCGCAAGCCCAGCGCCAAGCCGCUGAGGAACCUGCCCAAGGCACCGCCGGAGGAGAAGAUGUGCCGCUCCACCAUGAGAGCCCUGGCUGCUCAGGCCCAAGGUCAGGUUAGGACACCCUCUGAGGCUAGCGCUCCCGAGACACCUACUCACAGCUCCAAAACCCCAUCAGCCACCCUGCCUGGCUGGGCACGCAACACUGUGGCCUCCUCCUCUCGGACCACCAAGAAGGAACUCGCUCCAACCCUCUCCAACCCCCCGACCCCCUCCAGGAGCCCCUCUCUCCUGUCCCGGAGCAGCUCCCAGAGUCAAGCACCCGCUCGGCCUCAAGCCGCUGCCACAACCACACCUCCUGCCAAAGGGGGGCAGCAUUCACCCCGGGGGGAGGAGAAGGAAAAGGGCCAAGGGGGUGGUCAGCAGAGGGUGCAGAGCAUCAGGGCAUCAAGCCGGGCGAGCACUCAGCGUAGCGACACUCCCCCAUCGCCGCCCACCCGUGAGCGCUCACGCAAGAGCAGCAGCUUCUCCGAAAAAUCUGUCCAAUCCACUACGUCAUGUAGGACCAUCAAGCCCACCUGGAAGUAGAACUCAAAUAUGGUGGAACUUGAUUGGAGCAAGAGAGGAAGAAAUGGUACUAUGGUUUUCCCCACAUACUGUAGACUGACAUUUUGUGUCCUCUUUCAUUAGCUACUCUAAGACAUCCCAUCUCAUCCAUAUCAAGUCAUUAUACAGGGCUCCGUCAACACGUAUUGUAUGAACUGCAAAAAUAUAUAAUGCACUGUAUAAGAUUAUUUCUUCAUGAGCCCCCAUUUGUUUUUGAGCAUUCUUCACGAUGAGACAGAACUGACAAAUGGCAAAAUCCCCCUUUUUUCCUUCUUUGCCUGCGUUGUGGUCUUAAACUCUAUUUAAUAAGGUAUAAUAACAUGUCAAAAAAGAAGAAAAAUUAUGAUGCUUUUUUUUACAACCCAUUUUAAGAUGGUGUUUACAUGGUAUUUACUUAAAAACGAUGUGGUAGUAACAAUGGAUAUUUUCUGGUAUUCACCUCAAAGAAUUCAACACUAUUGGUAAUUUACUGUUACCAAAUGGCACAUAGCGACACGUGUGUCCACGCAUCUCGUGUGAUUACUAUGCAAUUAUUAGAUAAUUACCAUUUAAACAAGUACUUUCUAGGUAACUACCUGGUAAACAAUGACUGUAAAAUGAAGUGUUACUGAAAACCCACUACUGAACAUGCUUGAAUGCUGCUAAUUAGCUUUGACAAUUUGGGGACUGUGUUAGUGUCUUCAUUCAGGGUAUGAGCUUUGUAAGACACUGUCUUGCUGCUGUUGUGAUUGUGACUUUGAUUUCCGUGGUUCUCUACUUUCCUUGGCACAGCCGUACUAUACAGUAGCCUGGAGUCCACACUGAAUAUUUUUUCACUUUACUGAUUUAGUCUGAGUCUGAUUCAAUAGGGUUCGUUUGGAAUUGGCAAAAAAGAGCUGGUCCAAUCAGUGUCUUCUCAGAUACUAUGUGCGGGACAAUAAUGAAAAUAACUAUUCAGGGCCUUAUUCACUAGAAACCAAACGGGGGGGACGGAAUAAGAAACAAAGAAACAACUGUUUUUGUUUUCCGUUUGCACUAAUGAAUAUGACCCUCAUUGUACUUCUCAGCAGCUGGCCACUGAGUUCCUUUCCCGCUCCACUGAAGUUAUACCGCGGUUAUACUUGACAUUGCAAAAAUAGUAUAUAGUAAAAAAAAUCCAAAAUAAAAGGCCACAGAAGAAAUGCCUAUAGGCCCCAUUUAAUCCAACCGGGUAUCCGGGGUUAAGAUAAAUAGACAUUAUUGUUGAUGUGCUGCAUCGUCUUGGACAAAAUUAUAUGUGUAGUCAAACAUUAGGAAACUGAACUAUAUUUGAAUUCUAAUGUCAAUGAAGUUGAAGAAUUUUGUUUUUCACUUGUUUUGGAUACCUGGUUGUCAGUGUUUGAUUGAAUCAGGUAUCCUAUUGUGUACUGAGUCAAGUACAUUAACUAUUACUAUUAGCAAGUACAGAAAGUUAUUGAGUCAUUAUCCUCUGUUUAUGAUACUCCAGUUAGUCCUUUGGUAUGAUUCCACUGUAAAGUUUUACCUUUACCUCUUAGAAUACAGUACAUGCUAGGGUGUACUUUGUCAUGCAAUGCAUUUUCAUGUACUUGUGGUACUUUUGAUAUUUGUAUGUAUGUAUCAAUAACGAGCAAGGUUUCUAAAUGCUCUUGAUAAAACGCCUCCAUUCAAGCAUGGAGUAGAAGUGCACACAAAGGAAAUAUUUUUCCUGCUUUAUGCCAUAGCUAGACCAACACUAACGCUAUGAAAAACAACAUUGAAUAGCUCUUCAGACUGAAGUAACACCCAACAUGGUGUUGUUUGUCUCUGCGUUUUGUCACAAUAAUCGUCUUUGUAAUCCUCAACUUUUCUACUGUGAAUGUUGUCAUCUCCUGAUUUUUGUAUUACCUGACAUUGUGUAAUUGUGUUCCUUGACCGCCAUCGGUCGUGAUCAAAGUAAUACUGUAGAUUCUUCAGCCCUGCAAUUGCUCCUCACUACACUGGUCCCAGAUCAGUUUGUGCUGUCUUGUUGACUCCUAUGGUCAUAUUGGCAAGCCAGCACAAACAGAUCUGGACCAGGCCAGCUUGUCACACCAGUUGCCUUUCAAACAGCAUUGUGCCAUUGACAUAAACAACAACAACUAGAGUGCAUUAACUUGAAGCUUGAUGUUGCUGUCCCAUAAUCAGUGUCUCCUAAAUUGUAAAUAAGAGUAGAAAUCCUCCCUACCUUCCAUUGCACCUACCAAAAUAGCUAUUAGACUGGAUACUACAAAUCACGGGCUUAGCCAAUUAGCUGUCCACUCUGUGUACAUAGUGUAAAGACAUACUAUUUUUGAUUAUACGUAGAGCUCGCAAUAUGUUUACACGUAGCAAACUGUAUAUGGAGGCUUGGAAGUAGUGAAGGUGAAAGGAUUCUGUUGACAAGAGGAAAUGGUUAACCAGACUUUUUCCUUUCUGGAAAUUGUCACAAUGAACAGCAUCGUUGUUCACAGACCAUACAUUGAGGCACUCAAUUCAACUUGUCUUGAAUCAACCAUGUCAAUCUACUGUACUCUAAGUCUGAGGAUAUCUCAAGCAUAUCUAUACAGUUGUUGUACCAUGUCUGUCUGCAAUAUUGAAAACCCACUACUGAAAAUGUUUGAAUGCUGCUAAUUAGCUUUGACAAUUUGAGGACUGUGUUAGUGUCUUCAUUAGGGUAUGAGCUUUGUAAGACGCUACCUUUUGUUGUAAUUGUUGUACCAUUUCUGUCUGCAACUCUCAGAGUAGGCUUAAGAGAGCCCAUUUUAAAUUGAUCCUACAGGCCACAACCCUGCAGUAGGCCAUGAUAUGUGUAUCUCCCUGCUCUCUGCAAUGCAAAUGAAGUGAGGCAGCGAAUGUCACAAAAGACCCAGAGGCCAUACGUCAGCCCAGAUGGUGUCUCUCAAAUGGCACCCUAUUCCCUAUAUAGUGCACUGCCUUUGACCAGGGCCCAUAGGGCUCUGAUCAAAAGUAGUGCACUAUAUAGAAAUAGGGUGCCAUUUGGGACGCUGACCUACGACAUGGCUAAUGACUAAAGAGCGAGACACAAUGCUCCUCUCUCUUCCUCUCUUUUCCCAUCAACAGUCACAGUCAAACUGUAUGAUAGAUCUCUUGUCCACCAGACUUAACACAAUGUCCAGUCUUUUACAAGGAUGGUCUUUUACAAGAGCGGCCUCCCACAUCUUAUCGCACAAUGCCUCCUGCUGCUGGGCUCAUUUUAAGAGGGGCAUGUCGACAAUGGGUGGUCUUGCGUCAGAGCCACUAAAUACGGUGGGACUUCAAUACGGAAUGUCUACCCUUGCAUCCACCCACCACUCUGCCGCCACUUCCUUGUUAUGUAAUGGUAACCAUGACAUCCCGGUCCAGCAGCUCAGUCAGGACGCUGUGAGACUGAACACUAGAAGUGGUCCGUCUGACUAAUAGCCUUAGCCUUUCUAAACUUAGGCCCGACUCCUAAUCAUGACAGAGCAGGCGCCUGGCAACCCAAAACGGUGUUGAAACAUUUGUCCAAUGUUGCCCAACCCAAACCGAAUGGUGGCGAUUAAGAUUUUCCCUUUGAUUGAUUGAUUGAUGUUGGUGGUUUUUCAAGCCAACUCGAGAAGUUGCACGCACACAAUACAGUGACUUCAUCCACAGUAGGCUACAGUUCAUGUUCACCUUCAAAUGUUGACCUUAAAUCACAGUGUGAGCUAUUGGCAUGGAUUCCUAGGUGAUGGUGCUUGUGUGUUGGAACUGAAAGCAAAGAGGAAUGUUUUCUAGCCUGAUCCCAGAUCUGUUUGUGCUUUAUAGCCAACAAUAUGAUUGUUGUCAUGGCCUGACAGCACAAACCAUUCCGGGACCAGGCUUUGUGUUUUUUUACUGUUUUAAUGUGAUUCUUUAUGGGGAUCAGACUACGCAUAUCUUAGCUGGAGUUCACACCACUUUAUAUAGCUGCUCCACUUAAUUGCCUUGGUUCUGCUUUGCCGCCUUCUUCUCCAAGUAACUGUCUUCGAUGUUAAUAAACUCAAACUUUUACCUGGAGAAAAUGACUGUAAUCACUAGAAUACACAGGGCUGAAUAUUAUAAUGUUAUUCUACAGCACUGAUCAUUUUUUAAAGUUAUGAUGUGAAAUAAAAUCAAUAAAAUCACCUGAUGCUGUGUCA